UAAAUGCCAUUCAUAGCUCAAUGAUGAGACAGGUUAUUAAGUGUGUUCUUUUUGUAAAAGAACCUAAGACUAAAAGGUGUGAAUUAUUUUGCAUUGUAAAGGAUGUACAACAGUUCACUUAUUUUAGGCAAAAGAGUUUCUCACCACAGUCCUGUCCACUCACUGUCCUGCACAGUUGUAGGAUUUCUUUAUUCCCAGCACACUGUGCAAGCUCAUCAGCUCAUUAUAAAGCAUUCCAUGAGUUGGGCAUGUUUGUGUUGGGAUCAGCCUGAACAUCUGUAAGAUCUUUGAGUAGAGAAACCCUGCUGUAGGUGUACUUUAUUACAGUACUAUGGAACAAUCCAUGCCCACAAAAUGGCCUUUAUUAGUCCUGUAAUUCAUUUCUUGUUAAUUAAAGUGGACGUCUGUGCAUUUAAAGAUGUGAUAUGUGACUGUCAGUGAAUUAUCUGGACAGAGGAAAAACUAUGGUCCCUGUGACAGCGAUGGAAGCAAGACGAAUAAACAAAUAAUGUGGAACACCGUCAUCCAGCCAUUUGGAAGAAGGAGACAUCUCUACUCACCUAUAACAUCAUUUUGCAUGUCAAUUUAGAAAGCUCCUCCUCUUGCUCUUCUUGCAGAGAGUAAAAUGGCUUUGUGCAGCAUUGGUCGUCCUUUACUCCUUAACACAAGAAACUCAUUGGGAUGUUUUUUUAAGCAUAAGCAGACCUUCUGCUCUAAAGCCAAUGACUCUCAGGAGGAGGAGAUUCGAAAGAAGCUUCAGUUGUUUCCAGGAGGAUCCAUAGAUCUUCAGAAACAAGAGUCAGGCAUUGCAGUGAUGACGGUCAACAAUCCAGCACGAAUGAACGCUUUCUCAGGCAGCAUGAUGACGGAACUGGAAGAACGGGUGUGUGAGCUAGAGAACUGGACAGAAGGAAAAGGUCUCAUUGUUCAAGGGGCUGCUGGAACAUUCUGCUCUGGAUCGGAUCUGAAUGCAGUCAGGGCAAUAUCAAACCCACAGGAUGGCAUGAAGAUGUGUAUGUUCAUGCAGAAGACUCUUACACGACUCCUCAGGUUGCCCCUGAUCUCUGUGGCCCUGGUUGAAGGAAAAGCACUGGGUGGAGGUGCAGAACUCACUACUGCCUGUGACUUCAGGUUGAUGACAUCUGAUGCUGUAAUCCAGUUUGUCCAUAAACACAUGGGCUUGGUGCCUGGAUGGGGUGGAGCUGCAAGACUGGUCCGAAUCGUCGGCAGCCAGAAUGCACUGAAAUUGCUUGCUGGUGCGAAGAAAGUUGAUCCAGACUUUGGAAAGGAGAUUGGACUGGUUGAUGGCGUAUUGAAAGUUGGUGAAAGAGACUCUCUGGAGGACACAGAGCAAUGGCUAAGCCAGUUUAUAAAGGGCUCAGCUCCUGUAAUCAGGGCAGUGAAGAAGGUGGUGCUGUCUGGCAGAGAGCUUGCUUUGGAUGAAGCUCUCACAACAGAAAGACAUGUUUUUGGGACAGUAUGGGGAGGACCAGCCAAUCUUGAGGCUCUGGCACUUAAAACAAAACACAAGUGAGAGAAAACAUAGGUUAAGUAAAUUGACAUCUUGAACACUAAAGUCUGCAUCUUGUGGAAAGAAAGGAACAAUCAGUGACUUUUAGAAGAAAAAAAAUCAUCAUAAUGAUGGACCAUAGCACCAUAAUUAUAGAGAAAGGGACUGUAUACAGUUAGAUGUAAAUGAUAUACAUCAGCAGGUCUGAAAUUGGCUCAGACAUGAUCUUACUGUUCGAAUCCCGGGUUCAAACAGGCAGGGGCCAUUCUGUGUGGAGUUUGCAUGUUCUCCCCGUGCCUGCGUGGGUUUCCUCCCACAGUCCAAAAACAUGUACAUUAGGUGUAUUGGUAAUUCUAAAUUGCCCAUAGGAGUAUGUGUGUGGUUGUCUGUCUAUAUAUGUGGCCCUGUGAUGGACUGGUGACCUGUCCAGGGUGUACCCCUGCCUUUUGCCCAAUUUGUGCUGGGCUAGGCUCCAACAGAUCCCCCGUGACCCUGAUUAGGAAUAAAGUGGGUAUAGAAAAUGGAUGGAUGGAUGAACUUACUGUCUGCUGUGUUUCUAAUAAAUGAUAUGAUUUUACCAUUAACACUGUGUAGGAGAUUUGACAUUUAAUAAUACAGCAUGAGUAAACAUCAAGUUAUUGUUAUAGUGUAUAACAAUGCAACAUUUAAUUUCCAGUGGUUUUAACAUUGCACUUUUGAAAUGUUUCUAAAAUAAAGCCGAGUAAGAAACCGCACAUCAGGUUGUAAGAAUA